AUGGAGUCUUACUGCUGCUGUUUCGGGUCUUACCCCAUUAAAGUCAAAGCCUGUCCAGACAAUUAUUAUGUCUAUGAGCUGGUUAGAACAACUACGUGCAGUUCAGCAUACUGUGCAGUUGUUACUAACAUCAGCAGCACUGUUACAACAGUCACACCAGAGACAAGCACAGCUGUUAUAAACAUAACACUGCAGGAAGAAUGCACAAGUCAGACCUCUGGAGGAUGUUUUCAAAAUCUUCUUGAGCAGAUCGAGAACAUUACAGCUCAAGUGCUUCCUUUGAAUACUGUGACAAACAUUUUGACUGUGGCCUUCAAUGCUUCAGAGAAGAUUUUAGAGUCAUUAUCAUCAGCAAAACCAUCUGAACUAGCCUCCUAUGGAAACCGCAUGUUAAAAACCAGUGAAAAACUCAUCUCUACAUUGGUGAAGCCGACAGUCACAAAUGACAGUGUCAGUUUUACUCUUGCUACUGUUGAGGGUCAAGUCUUCAUGGUUGGACCAAAUGUCACCUUAAAUAAAAUCUCACAACUUGACACAACAAAUUCUUCUGUGGACAUCGAUCUCAUUGGGAUCGCCAAGAACAACAAUGAAAGAUCAGCUGCUGUGGCUUUCAUGAGCUACAGCACAAUGGAGAAUCUACUGAAGCCAGACUUCUUCAACACAUCAAAUGACACGGUUAAAACCAUGAUGUCCACUGUGAUCUCAGCUACUCUUCCCAAAACCAACAACACUAAACUCACCAAACCAGUCAACUUCACCUUCAGACACAUCAGAGAGUUUGAUCCCAGUGGUUCCCUGUCCUGUGUUUACUGGAAUACCAGCGAGUGGAUUGUAGAUGGUUGUUCCAUUUUAAAGACCAACAGCAGCUACACUGUGUGUUCCUGUGUUCAUCUGUCGACAUUUGCUCUCAUCAUGCAAACCAGCUGUCCACCAGAGAGCUCUCAACUGCUGAAUCUGUUGAAUUUGGUGUGUGUGAUUGUGGGGCUGGUGUCCUUCAGUUUGGCCCUGUUGACCUUUGCCCUUUGUCAGUGGAGUCCUAGAGUGAAUAAUGUGGCUCGAAUCAACAUCUGCAUCAGUCUUCUGUUGGCUCACCUUCUGUUCCUGCUCACACAGCAUUUACUGAACAUCAUACGUCCUCAGCAGGUGUUGUGUGCCGUGAUCUCAGGCCUUCUGCACUUCUUCUUUCUCUCCGGCUUUGUGUGGAUGUUCAUUGAAGCUGUGAUGCUCUUCAUCUGUGUGAAGAACCUAUCACAGAUCAGCUCCAAAAAGAGGGAGGUGCUUAGCAGUGGAUUCCUGUGUAUGAUUGGAUAUCUGAUUGCUCUGGUUGUGGUGUGUGUCUCUGUCGGUCUGGUUCCUGAAGGCUACGGGAGCGAACGCUGCUGGAUUAAAAUUGAUAAAGGCUUCAUCUGGAGUUUUCUGGGUCCUGUUUGCGUCAUACUAGCAUCAAACACACUACUCUUCAUCAAGAUAUUCAUCAGUCUGAACUCAACUCUCAAAAGUCUCAAUGUUGAAGUUUCACAGAUGAAACAAACCAAGAUUAUGGUGUUUAAAACACUGGCUCAGUUUGUGGUUCUUGGUUGCCCCUGGAUUCUGGGUUUCUUCACUAAUGGCAGGAAGGAGCUGGAGAUCCUCUUCCUGAUCUUGAACUCCCAGCAGGGAACCUUCAUCUUCCUGAUCUAUUGUGUCCUCAAUAAUGAGGCUGACACCUCUUCUGAACUUGCCGCUUCGCUGGCUGAGUCUCAGUCGGUGGCGGAUGCUGAGAUGGCUGCUGCGCUUCAACGGGCAGACAAGGAGUGGGUUGCCCCACCUAUCUCUCUCGCCAGGGAGAUCCUCUGGUUGGUUCUCACCAAGCAAAUUCGCCGGGCAAAACAGCCAGUGGUUCUCGGGGCUUCUUACCUCCAGCCACAGGCCAUUUUGCCCUAUCCAGCCACAGUUCCCCCACUCCAGUUCAGCCAGGCACAAGUAGAUCUCUUUGCCUCACUGGAAUCCACCCACUGCCAGUUAUGGUACGGUCUAACCAAGGGCUCCCUCGGUAUAGAUGCACUGGCACACAGUUGGGCGAGGGACCUACUCAAGUAUGCAUUUCCCCCAAAACUGGUUCUUGGACCUUGUGCUCCUGGGGCACAAUCUGGCACCUGCACCCAGAUCUCUGGAACCUUCACCUAUGGUACCUGGAUGCGACCAGGAGGACUUCAGAGACCUUCCACCUUUAGUGGGAAGGACCCACGGAGAUGUGGCAUCAAAUCUGUGCUAUCCUUCCUCCAAGGAGGCCUGGAUAGGCACCUGUCUGCCUCAACACUCAAGGUCCAUGUGGCGGCUAUAUUAGCCAAUCAUGACAGCCAAUCAGGUGGUAUCCUUGCAAGCUAUCCCUUCCCAGGAAGAGGACAGCAGAAGGGGAAGGCUGUUUCCAAGCAAAGGAUCUCCCACUGGCUUGUGGAUGCGAUCCGUAUGGCCUACCAGGCCAGAGGCAUACCCUGCCCGCUGGGAGGAGCUGUGGCUCUGGUGCACCGGAAGGGGGAGCCCCGUCCGAUAUUGAAUAAGCAAAGAAAUUCAAAGCGAGUGAUGGAGGGACUCUCACUGCGUCUGAAGGGAGCUGCGGCUCUGCUGCACCAGAAGGGAGAGUCCCCCUUGCGGCUGAAUACGAAGCGUGGUUUGAUGCCUCGAAUGGAGGGCUCUCACUGCAACCGAAAGGGGCCUGCGGCUCUGCUGCACCGGGAGGGAGAGCCCUGUCCAACGCAGAGUAGGCAGCGUAACUGGACGACGGACAGAGGGCUCACACUGCGACCGAAGGGAGCCGUGGCCCUUCUGCACUGGAAGGGAGAGCCCCGUCCGUUGCUGGAUGUGCAAAUGAGAUUUGAAACGAUGGCUGAAGGGCUCUCUGUGCGACCGAAAAAGGGGCUUUGA